CUAGUAGCACCGGAAGGCAGCACGACAGGCAGGAUUGGAGGUUCGUUCGGACUCGGUCGAACUCGACAGCCGAAGAGGGGGGCACUGUUGUCAUUCGUCAGGGCUGUCGAGCUUUUGUCCAGAAGAAAUGGCUGGGAUCAAAGCUCUCAUCAGCCUGUCUUUUGGAGGGGCCAUUGGCCUCAUGUUCCUCAUGCUAGGAUGUGCCCUCCCUGUGUACGACAAAUACUGGCCUUUGUUCCUCCUCUUCUUCUACAUCCUCUCUCCCAUCCCUUACUGCAUCUCACGGCGGGUGGUCGACGACACAGACUCGGCCAGUAACGCCUGCAAAGAGCUGGCCAUCUUCCUCACGACGGGCAUCGUCAUCUCAGCCUUCGGCCUGCCCAUCAUCUUCGCAAGAGCUGAAGUAAUUGCCUGGGGAGCGUGUGCGCUCGUGCUAACGGGUAACAUAGUCAUCUUUGGGACCAUCUUGGGCUUCUUCAUGGUCUUUGGAUCCAACGACGACUUCAGUUGGCAGCAGUGGUAAAACAGCAGGGGGAGGGGGACCUUAGUCGGAACUGUUCUUAUUAGCGUUACAAUUAUUAUUAUGGUAUUACUGUUUGGUUCUUCUUGUUGUUAUUUAUAUGAUGACCGCCCAUCCAUAGACUCACACCAAACCAGUGCAAUACUUUGUUUUUUUUCUUCUUUUUUGUACCGCCUGCAUCAUAUUGAACUGACACAAGUGGGAUGGAAAAUGCUGACUUUCAGUUGGAUUUUAACUCUUUUUAGUUAUGCUCUUUUGACUUCUGUGUUUUAGAAUUUUUCUCAAUUUGUGUGUUUUCCUUUUAAGCAUUGUAGGCUGAUGAACACAACAUCAACUGCUUAUUUAAUGUGUGUAAAAACAUGUUACAAUUAAUCCAAUUGAAUGUGUAAAAAGGCCUAA